UGGUAACCGGUACAGCACUAUUAAUCUUUUUUUCAAAACCGCUGUACGACGCAUUUAUAGCAGAACCAGAACCAGGCGCCUUGCCUCCGCGAGAAAUUCGUUCCAUUCGUAUCGGGCCGAAGUAGGAAAAACCCGGCAAUGGAAUCAGUGAAACGAGCAAAUCAAAGACUACGCAACUAUCCACUGUUGAUGGCUAAGUGUUCCGUGGCAGCAGCAUCGUACGCAACUUGCGUCACGACCGACCUCAAUGUGACGCAUCGGUCUUGCGAUAAAGAGUUUCACGCCUUCAAAGAGUGCAUGCGGAAAGCCGCUAUAGAAAUGAAAACAAAAUUAUAAGGUCGUCUGUGUGCACCACACGCUUUCGUCCAAUUAGUAUGUUAAACUAACAAGUGUAGGGGCUAGAGUAGAUAACGAAUACAGAACACUAACCAGCAACCAUUAAAAAAUAUCCCGUGGAGAGUCCAAUUA